GCGGGCAUCGGGCAGGUGCAUAAGUGCAUUGAUACCUGGGCAGCGGGGUAGCGCCUUUAGACCCUGGUAGGUUCCUUCUUCUCCCUUCGGCGACAGCUUCUGUUAACUCUCCCGUCGUUUACGAUUCUGCGCCGGCGGCUAUUCGAUUAAGCGACUCUCCGUCGUUCCAUUCGGCCGGCGGAGGGCCGCUGGGAGGCAGAGACCGCGGGAAGCAGCCGAAGCCGCGGCGCAUUCCUUGUCAUCUCUCUUAUAAUCGGCCGGUGUGCCCUUCGGGGAUUCUUUGUAGGGAACAUUCCUAGUUUAACCCAACCACCGGCAUCUUUGCUUAGCUUUUGGUUUGCUUGUACCAUCGUGUGAUUUGCUAGGGUUUAUGAUUUAUCAUCGAUCCAUUUCGUUUUCUUGAUUCACAAGAUUUGUGUUGAUUUUCAUUUUAAUAGUGAAGAAGGGGAAUGACUACAUCCUCAGUUCCCAACUCUCCUCCCUCAAAGAGGCCACGAUAUGCUCCGCCAGAUCCAACUCUUCCCAGUCCUUGGCGGGCUCUGAUCGACGGCAGCACUGAUUACCUGUACUACUGGAAUCCGGAGACCAAGGUCACCCAGUACGAGCGUCCUGUCUCUGAGGACCCACCACCGACCUUGGUUGCUUCACAACUGCGACCUGGAGUGAGCUCAUCCAUGCAACAGCCUAAGCAACAGUCGCCUUUAGCUGUCCCUGAAGAGAAUGCGAAUCAGAAUCCCUGUCAGUAUGUAGGUAGUCGAUCCAUUGGUAAUCCUUCAAUCAUUGAUUCAACUGAGUUUGUGCAAGAGCCAUCCAUAGUGAAACAUCACAAGCAAAGUUCAGCAAAAUCUGGUCCAGCUUCUUCAACUGCAGAAGCAUAUCGACGUCAGCAUGAAAUAACUGUAACUGGAGAUGUUGCUCCAGAUCCAUAUAUGACAUUUCAAUCUACUGGCUUUCCACCUGAUAUUCUUAAAGAGGUGCAUCAUGCCGGCUUCUCGGCUCCUACACCAAUUCAGGCUCAGUCAUGGCCAAUUGUCUUAAGGGGGCGUGACAUUGUGGCCAUUGCAAAGACAGGAUCAGGAAAAACAUUAGGCUUUCUAAUGCCAGGGUUUGUUGUUCUCAAACGCAAUCAUAAUAAUUCUAAGAUGGGUCCUACUGUACUAAUUUUGUCACCAACGAGGGAGCUGGCCACUCAAAUACAGGAUGAAGCAGUCAAGUUUGGUAAAUCAUCAAGAAUAUCUUGUGUGUGCUUGUAUGGAGGUGCUCAAAAAGGACCCCAGUUAAGAGAGUUGGAUCGUGGAGCUGAUAUCAUUGUUGCUACACCAGGACGUUUGAAUGAUAUUCUGAAUAUGAAAAGAUUAAACCUCCAUCAAGUCUCAUAUUUGGUGCUUGAUGAGGCUGAUCGGAUGCUUGACAUGGGUUUUGAGCCACAAUUAAGGAAAAUAGUGGAUCAGAUACCAUCUAAGCGUCAGACUCUUAUGUUUACUGCAACCUGGCCAAAGGAAGUUCGUAGAAUAGCUGCAGAUUUUCUUACUAAUCCUGUUCAGGUUAACAUUGGCAAUACUGACACACUGGUUGCUAAUAAGGCCAUUACUCAGUAUGUAGAAGUCAUUACGCCUAUGGAGAAACAUAGGCGAUUAGAACGCAUCUUGUGUGAACAAGAACCAGGAUCUAGAAUAAUAAUAUUUUGUUCAACCAAACGAAUGUGCGAUCAGCUUGCUAGGAAUCUCAGUCGUCGUUUUGAAGCAGCUGUUAUUCAUGGCGACAAGUCUCAGAGUGAGAGAGAUUGUGUUUUGAGCCAAUUUCGCAGUGGGAAAUCACCCAUACUUGUAGCUACUGAUGUAGCUGCCCGAGGCUUGGACGUCAAAGACAUCAGGGUUGUGAUCAACUAUGAUUUCCCAACAGGAGUUGAAGAUUAUGUUCACAGAAUUGGGAGGACAGGGAGGGCAGGUGCUAAGGGAGUAGCAUAUACAUUUUUCUGUGAUCAAGAUUCUAAAUUCGCAGCAGAGCUUGUUAAAGUUCUGAAGGGUGCUGAUCAGCAUGUUCCCUCAGAAUUGCUGGAUAUGACAUCACGUGGUGGAUAUGGUGGUAGAUCUAGAAGAUGGGGGUCUGGCUCUGAUGCUUAUGAUAACAAUGCUUAUAGCGGUGGUGGUUGGCAUGAUAGCCAUGGCCAAAGUAACAACAGAUUUCAGAACAUGGGUCAAAGCUCUAGCAAGUGUGGCUCUGUGAGUGUGGAAAAUGCCCAACAAGACUGCAGCAGCAAUCCCUGUCAUGAUGAUUGGCGUGGAGUAGAAAAUGUUCAUCAAGACUAUGAUAGCAAUCCUUCUCAGGAUGGUAGGCAGGAUAACUCUAGCCGUGAUGGAACUGAUGAUGGUCAAGGAUACAGUUUUCAUGCAUUAUUCUAUCCCAGGUCCCAGGGCAACUCUGAAGAUGGUCACAAGGACAAUCCUGCCAUCAGUUGCAAUCCAGGUAUUCCCAAUCAGAGCUCAGGACACAAUGCUGAAAGUAGCAGUCGCAAACGAAGUAUCAGCCCAAAACAUCGUGGAUGGGCUGACAGUCAUGGUCAAAGUAACAACAGAUACCAGAGCCAGGAGCAUAGUAGUAAGUGUGAUGAUGUGAACAUGGAAAAUGUCCAAUUCGACUGUGAUAGCAAACCUUGUCAUGGUGGUCAGGACGAUAUUACUAGCUGUGGAGAAAAUGGGGCUGGUCUAGGAUACAGUUUUCACGAGUUAUUCUAUCCCAGGUCAAAGGGCAACUCCGAAGGUUGUCAUAAUGACAAGCAUUCUCAAUCAGAGUUCAAAACAUAGUGCUGAAGUUGGAUAGGGUGUUCGGGAAGCACAUGCAAAGAUGGUGGCUAGGAUUCCGCAUGACAGAAUCUGAAUCAUGUUGAUGGUAACAAAUGCGUUUGCUUGUGGUUCUAUUGCAUGGUGAUUUUGAUAUAUGUUUGAAAUAGGAUAUAUGGAUAUUAUUUUGGUGCUUGUCUAAGGUGAUUACAGUGUAUUCAUCACAUAGAUUACAAGCAAGCUUUUGCUGUACAUUCUUUGGCUAAGUUAAGAUUGUUUUAUGACUCCAUAGUUUAUAUA